GCCGCCGCAGGCGCAGAGCUGAAGCGCUGGCAGCUGUGGGCGCCCAGGCGCGAGCUGCCGGGCGGGUGGCGCGGAGCGCGGUGCGGGCUGCGGCUGCGGGACGCCGCUGGGCCGGAGCGCGGGGACAGGCAGCAGCGUGCUCCCCCUGUUGUGUGGUCCUUCUGAACCGGAAGUUGGUAGCUAAGGGUCGACUCUUUUAUAAUACUACCAGCACAUGAUUUGGGACUUCCUUGUUGUGACAUGGAGGAGUCUUCAGUGACAGUUGGCACAAUAGACGUAUCUUAUCUGCCCAAUUCAUCAGAAUACAGCCUUGGCCGAUGUAAACACACAAAUGAGGACUGGGUUGACUGUGGGUUCAAACCUACCUUCUUCAGGUCGGCAACACUGAAAUGGAAGGAGAGCAUUAUGAGCCGGAAGAGGCCCUUCGUGGGAAGGUGCUGCUAUUCAUGCACGCCUCAGAGCUGGGAAAGGUUUUUCAACCCCAGUAUCCCAUCUCUGGGGUUGCGGAAUGUCAUUUAUAUCAAUGAAACUCACACAAGGCACCGAGGAUGGCUGGCAAGACGCCUUUCUUACAUCCUUUUUGUUCAAGAGCGAGAUGUCCAUAAGGGCAUGUUUGCCACCAGCAUCACUGACAACGUGCUGAACAGCAGCAGAGUCCAAGAGGCAAUAGCUGAAGUGGCUUCAGAGUUGAACCUGGAUGGAUCUGCCCAGCAGCAGACCAAAGCCAUCCAGAAAGUGAAAAGGAAAGCCAGGAAGAUCCUUCAGGAAAUGGUUGCUACUGUGUCCCCAGGGAUGAUCAGGCUGACCGGCUGGGUGUUACUAAAGCUCUUCAACAGUUUCUUCUGGAACAUUCAGAUUCACAAGGGUCAACUCGAGAUGGUAAAAGCUGCAACUGAGACGAAUCUGCCGCUCUUGUUCCUGCCGGUGCACAGAUCCCACAUUGACUACCUGCUGCUCACCUUCAUCCUCUUCUGCCACAAUAUCAAAGCCCCGUACAUCGCCUCGGGCAAUAAUCUCAACAUCCCCAUCUUCAGUACCUUGAUUCACAAGCUUGGGGGCUUUUUCAUAAGACGAAGGCUCGAUGAAACCCCAGACGGACGCAAAGACAUUCUGUACAGAGCGUUGCUCCAUGGGCACAUAGUUGAACUCCUCCGACAACACCAGUUUCUGGAGAUCUUCCUGGAAGGCACCCGCUCCCGCAGCGGCAAGACCUCCUGUGCUCGGGCAGGGCUCCUGUCAGUGGUAGUGGAUACACUGUCGUCCAAUACCAUCCCUGACAUACUUGUCAUACCCGUGGGCAUCUCGUAUGAUCGGAUAAUCGAAGGUCACUACAAUGGUGAACAGUUGGGCAAGCCCAAGAAGAAUGAGAGCCUCUGGAGUGUGGCACGGGGUGUGAUCAGAAUGCUGCGGAAAAACUACGGAUAUGUCCGAGUGGAUUUUGCACAGCCAUUUUCCUUGAAGGAAUAUUUAGAAGGCCAAAGUCAGAAACCUUUAUCUGCCCCCCUUUCUCUGGAGCAAGCACUGUUACCAGUCAUCCUUCCUUCAAGACCUAAUGAUGCUGCAGAUGAACAUCAAGACAUGUCCACUAAUGAAUCCAGAAGUGCAGCAGACGAAGCCUUCCGAAGAAGGCUGAUCGCAAACCUGGCUGAGCACACUCUCUUCACCGCCAGCAAGUCCUGCGCUAUCAUGUCUACCCACAUUGUGGCCUGUCUGCUCCUCUACAGACACAGGCAGGGAAUCCACCUCUCCACACUGGUAGAAGACUUCUUUGUGAUGAAGGAGGAAGUCCUAGCUCGAGAUUUUGACCUAGGCUUCUCUGGGAAUUCAGAAGAUGUAGUCAUGCAUGCUAUUCAGCUUCUGGGGAACUGUGUCACCAUCACCCACACGAGCAGGAAGGAUGAGUUUUUUAUUACUCCCAGUACAACUGUCCCAUCAGUCUUUGAACUCAAUUUCUACAGCAAUGGCGUACUUCAUGUCUUCAUCAUGGAAGCCAUCAUAGCUUGCAGCAUUUAUGCAGUCCUGAACAAGAGGGGCUCCGGAGGGCCUGCGGGAGGCCCCGGCAACCUGAUCAGCCAGGAGCAGCUGGUGCGGAAGGCCGCCAGCCUGUGCUACCUUCUCUCUAACGAAGGUACCAUUUCUCUGCCCUGCCAGACUUUUUACCAAGUUUGUCACGAGACAGUAGGCAAGUUCAUCCAGUAUGGUGUUCUCACAGUGGCAGAGCAAGAUGACCAGGAAGAUGUCAGUCCUGGCAUUGCAGAGCAGCAGUGGGACAAGAAGCUUCCGGAACCUCUGAACUGGAGAAGUGAUGAGGAAGAUGAAGACAGUGACUUUGGUGAGGAGCAGCGAGAUUGCUAUCUGAAGGUGAGCCAGUCCAAGGAGCACCAGCAAUUUAUCACCUUUCUUCAGAGGCUUCUGGGGCCCCUGCUAGAAGCCUACAGCUCUGCUGCCAUUUUUGUCCACAACUUCAGCGGUCCAGUUCCCGAGUCUGAGUACCUGCAGAAAUUGCACAGAUACCUUAUCACCAGGACGGAAAGGAACGUUGCGGUAUAUGCUGAGAGUGCCACAUACUGUCUUGUGAAGAACGCUGUGAAAAUGUUUAAGGACAUCGGGGUUUUCAAAGAGACCAAACAAAAGAGAGUGUCUGUUUUAGAGCUGGGCAGUGCUUUCCUACCUCAGUGCAACCGGCAGAAGCUCCUAGAGUACAUUCUGAGUUUUGUGGUGCUGUAGGGAUCUCUCAGCACCUAUCUCGAGCGAGGAGCUGAUGAGUCCCUUGCAGACUCCAGUCUGACCCAGAGUGCCAGGUGUCCUGGCAUGGCCCAGCCUGCUCUAUCCCGAGGAGACUUACAGGAAGACACGUGCCUUCUGCCCCCGUGGACCUGCUCUCCUCCCAACACAGACACAGUGGCCUGCACAGAGCACUUGGGGCCAGUGCCAUCUGUGAUUCAUGAUCACUAGGUUACUAGGUGAGAUCUCAGUAAGUUAUUUUGGAGUUUAUUAAAGAUUCACAUUUUAAGUAUAACUUUUCAGGCUAGUUACUAUGAUGGACACUGAGAUGUUUGUAGAACUGACUCUUAUAUAGUAAGUAAUAAUGUUUCCUUUAAAAUAGUUGGGUCAUCCAUUCUCUGUCUCCAUUAUCGCUGUCAACAGAAGUUAUGGUUGGUAUGUGAGCCCUUUCUUCUCAAGUGCUUUACUGAGGAGCAAUGUUGUCCUAGGCUGGCAGACUCAAAAUGUGUUUGUAUAUCUGCCUGAGAGCGGACGGUACUGAGAGGGAAGAGCCAGUGUCAGGAAGUGACUCUGCUUGGCCAGGAAAGUGGCAUUAAAGGCUUUGCUCACGUGACAAGAGUGCCACUGAGCUGUAAUGACCACAGUGUCUAUACAGUCCCUGCUGCUGACACCUGUACCCUCCUUGCCUGUGGAGUGACAGGCACCUGCUGCUUUUAGGGAGCUCGGCUGCAGCAACCUCUGGCUUGUGGCACUCUGGCUACACACUGCUGACACAGGGGUUCCAGACACUGCUCACACACUGGGUGCUGCGGCUCUGUCUGGAUGGCUAGUAGCCAGAUGGUGCAUUGUGCAGCCUGUGUGACAUGCACAGUGACCCUACUGAGUGGCAGGUGCUUGGAGACAUAGACAUUUGUAUGGGCUACAUACAAACUCCAUUGCCAUGUAAAUGCGAGGAAUUAUGAAAACAUUUCUGUUUUAGUGGGUAGGUGCCUUUUUGUGAGCAAGGAGCAUAAUUGUUAGUUAUUUGUGGUAAUUACAGCAGUUUCUCAAUGAUCACGUGACAAUACAAUCUCUGUCUACUUUCCAUAUCUAUGAUUUUAAGGAAUUAUGAAUUUUUCUGAUGAGUGUUGUAUAGAUGAUUUGAAUUUAUAAAAGUAUUAGGGAUGAGGUUUGUACUUUCCUGAACUUGAAUUUCAAACACUAAUUGUAUCCUAUGAGUGACAUGUGUGUUGGGGGAGGGUGGGGUCCCGCCUGGCAUUACACAGUGCAUGAAGUGGCUGGUCUGGAGCUCAUUGCAAUAGUGCUGUGCUGAGGUGACCUCCACCCUUGCCUUGUGCAUGUCACGUCUCCUUUUCCUUUGCAUCAGUUCUCUGUCAACUGUAGCCUUUGGUACGGAGUGAGAUGUUCACCUCUAGCCCCUGCAUCACUGACUAGGGCAGGCUGACACUUCCCUCGGCUGCACUUGGGGGACACCUGGGGAGUCUGGUUUAGUCCCUUGGGUUUACCUCAUCUGGGAACCUCAUUUUCUUGGUCUCUGUUCUUUCUUUACCCUCUAAAUGGAAACUGAAGGCGGCUCCCUCUGGCCUAUCAGUGGGGUCACUGCCCUGCUUGUCAGCUCUGCAAUAACCGCUGCUCCCCAGCCUGUGCAGAGACAUGCGCGCCCCUUGUCCCUUGCUGUGCUCUCCCUUUUGGUAGGGGUUCCUUUAUGGACUGCAGUUUACUUGCUGUUGCCUGACAAUUAACUCACUGUGAGGAUAGAUGCACGCUCUUCAUAAUUAACUGGUGCUUUGAAACUUUUCUUAAGGAAGAAAAAUCUCAACCAAAGUUAUGCUCUUCCUGACAAGCUGACCCUUGAGUUCAUUUUAGCACAACUCAUUCUUCAGUGCCUCAUGAAAGAAAAAAAGCAUCACAGUAAGGCUUCGAGGUCCCUGGUCCCUAAUAGAAACAUCCCCUUGGUUUCCAGCAGUGGGUGGCUUCCUCGACCGAUUAAACAAACCAGGUGCUUGUAUAUAAUUUAUUACAGUUUACUCUACUGCAUUUCUGUCAAGUUGAAAUGCAUGCCCUUCAGGGGAAGACUGUGAGUCAAGUUUAAUAAAUAAAAACCUAAUACUAAGCAAUAUGAAGCUGCACUCUGCUUUCAAGCGGGACUAAGCCAAGUAAGGGGGGCGGGGGGCGGGUUGCUCUCCAAAUCCUAAGGAAAAUGAAGGCAAACACGAGUGUUAGUCAGUUCAGCAAGAGCACACGCUGCCAUUCUGACUCUGUUAAACCGUGGGAGUCAGGAGGCCCAGUGCAGACAGUGUAUCUGGGAUGGCAGGGAGUGGAGGCUUGGCCAGGAGUUCCUGCUGCCGCCUCCCUCGGUUCCAGUGUUUGGGUCAUGUGAUACCCUGAGAUGGGGAUCCGUGGGAAUACACAGCGCCCUGCACAUAGCGUUUCCCAAAUGUUUGGACCUCAGGACCUUUCCCCUCUGGGACACUGCAUGCCAUGGAAAACGUUUUCAGAAACUACAUUAAUCUUUCUUUAAGCAGACCAAAUGUCACGGGAGUGACAGGCAGACUCCUGCAUGCUUUUUUAUCGCUCACAAUGCACCGAGUGCUCGGUAUCUUUCCUCACUGGAAAGAGUAAGCACAGGAAACGGGCUGCAGCACCUUCCUUGUGGAAGAUCUACCAGCAACCCUGGCCUUUUUAAAACUGAGAGUAGCAGAACUAAUAGAGGAAUUACUUGGGAUAAAUAAUAAAGGAUUUAAUUCAGAUCUAGUAGAAAACUCUGCACAGUUGAAUGCAGAUUUUUAUCCAUAGAAAACCAUAGUGUUUUGAAAUGAUAGGCCCAAACUUUGAAGUUUCUAAGACUUACUAUGGGAUGUAAAUCUGUUUUUUAAAAACACUUUUUAGGGGCUUGAGAGCUGCCACCUGACACUUAGUUUAGUAGGACCAGUGACUGCUUCAAGAGACUCUUGACCUUGCUUCCCAAGAGCUAAAGGGCUAACUGUCUUUAUGGAAGGCAUUUGUUACAGUAUUUACUCAUUGUACAAAGCAAUGCUAGAUUGUUGUAAAAAGAAUGACUACUGUAAAAUAGCACUGUAUGAUUUUGUGAGUGACACUGCCUUUGAAAUGUGACUGAUUUUUAUGCCUGAUGAUGGUUCAUCCUGAGAAGCAUGGAAUGGAGCUUUGUUUUAAUGAGCCAGAAUAAAAACCUGACUCUCUUAAUGUCUUGAA